CCUGCUCGACUUGAUGAGCGAUCAGCUCGCAUAUAAUCGUGUCGCCAGAGGCAAACAACCACAGAAGCCUUAAACCUCCUCAAUAGUCGACUCGGUCAAACACACUUUGGACUGAGCAGGUGUUACAUUUGUUCUAAGGUAGUAUUUUUUUAAGCGAAAAAGUUUUAUCACAAAGAUACUCAAAGAUGUCUAUUUUACCUGACGAGGCGGUGUUCGCUGACUUUAGAAAGCAGUGUUUAUCUAUGGACAAUUGGAUCAACAAAUACGAUAAGGAUGGGAUGCAAGUGUGGGUGGAAACUUCUGCUUCAAAAAAAUCAAAUCCCGUUCACAAAAUCAAGUGUAAAAUGACAAUCAAAGACGUAUCAGCUGCCACGAUGUACGACGUCCUUCACGAUGGCCAGUACCGUAAGAAGUGGGACCCCGCCAUGUUGGACAGUUAUGACAUUGCCCGGCUCUCUGCUAAUGCCGAUGUGGGAUACUAUUCAUGGCUUUGUCCAAAGCCAAUAAAGAACAGAGAUGUGGUUAGCCUGCGUUCAUGGAAGGUGACGGAGGACGAGUACAUCAUCGUUAACUUCUCAGUCAAACAUCCGAAAUACCCUCCUCGCAGUGACCUAGUGAGGGCCAUUUCCAUCCUCACAGGAUAUUUCAUCAAGCCCAUCGGACCAAACAGCUGCACUUUCAUAUACCUUUCACAAGCUGACCCCAAAGGUUCUCUUCCAAAGUGGGUUGGAAACCAAGCUUCUCAAGUUCUUGCUCCUCGGGUAAUGAAGAGUGUACACAAGGCGGGACAGAACUACCCAGAAUGGAAAAGGCAGAACUCUCCGGACCAGAAGCCGUGGUUGUACCCUGAGCAGAACGUCCUGCCGAUGAUGGACCCGGCCGAGCUGUCGAUACAGAGAGCAGAUUCGCUAGAAAACGUGGACGAGAGUUCAAAGAAGUCUGCGCAGGACUGCGAAGACAGCAGUUAAACCACAUCAAAGUGAUGUGAGGAAGGGUGGUCUAAGAGGGUGAGACAGGAGGACAGACUGUGUAUAUUCUGACAAAUGUAAUAAGACUUGGGACCUCCCACUCUCUGUGAAGUCGCCCUUAUGCUCACAAAUAUUUAUAUGGUUUUCCAAAUGCCACGUGCCUUUUGGGAAGAGCGUAAAGUGUUUACAGAUUUCUUACCAGACGGAAAGGAGCACAGUUGAAAUUGCCAUUCACCUCGUUCUAUGUUGAUCUAAGCUAAACAUCUCUCCAGUGUUUUACGCAAAAUAUUGUUUUGAAAACAAUAUUUUUUACAUUGUAGAGGCUAUGCGUGGACAGGGUUUAAUGUAUCAAAGUUAUAGCACUACAUUUACAUUAGUCAGCUGUUUUUUUUAACUGCAGCUAUUUAAAAAGAUUUAAGGUUUGGUUCUCCACUUUGCCUUUACAAGUGACUGUGAACGAAAAUAAGAUGAGUUACUGUAAGAGCAAAGGGAAAUCAUUAUGUUUCUUUGUUGAAUGACAGAUCAAAAUUAGGGGCCAGAUAAUCACUUUUAUUUCCUUUUUAUCACCGUGAGGCCAGUUGCAGUUCAGUAUGAGCUCUGGGUGUCAACCUGUAAUCUGUUUUUCAGAAACACAAUGUUGAUUAGCCACAUGCAAAAAAACUAAACACUUAUUAAAUGUGAACUAUUUAUUUAAUAACCAUUAGUUCAUUUUAUUUAGACAUGAUUAGUGACGCUGUGUUUAUAUCACUAAUGAAGACUAUUUGAAGGUUUGUUGUAUUUGUUCUGCUAUGCCAUCAAAGUUUUAUGCAAUGUAAUUCUUUAUGUUGUACAGACCCAAGUAUGCAUUGGCAAUCUGGUUCGGUUGUAUUAACAUCUAAAAUGUAAAGUUUGCAAUUUUGUCAGUUGACUUAAACUGAAAGAUUGGACCAGAAAAUAUUUUGUUUUAUUUAUUUUGAAGUUUUUAUGAAGUCAUCAUGAUGGAGUUAACACGCUGGAAUGAAGCCCUGCGAGCUGAGCUAGGUCUUUCUUCAGAUGGUAUUUGAUGUAGAGUCUUACAUUGGACUUGACUAUUUUAUAAAAUAAACCUAACGAGGUUAACAUGCUAUGAUAA